CCCAGCUGAUAUCGGCAAAUGCUACGCACCUGGGACAAUAAAGCUCAAAGACGCUUCCCUUAAGUACUUGCGCCGCUUCGUCGAGAAGUGGGUACGGCAGCAAGGUCACAGCCAUACAGCGGAUGCACUUCUCAAGCCUGGCGCCUCUACAAUGCCACGCGAGUUCUGGCUCCUCUUCACCAGGGCUUGCUGCCUCAAGAUCGGUCGCGACAGCAAGCAUAUCGCCGCCGAGCAGGCCGCCGGCAAUGACGCCGCCUCCUCCUCGUCCCCCUUCGCAUCGUUCGCCACCGCCGAGCAUCGUCUUUUUAUGACAUUCUCGGCGUACAAGGCGGAGACGCAAAAUGAAGUGCCCCGUGGCCUGCGCAUCGAGUGCCACAGGUACCUCGACGGCACGCUGCGAGAAGAGUUGGAUCUGGCGCCGACACAACGCCAGGCUUGGGCGACGUUCGCGGACAUUCGCCGGUUCGUCGAGCAGGGCGUGUUUGGCCAGCAAGCUCCUCGGUGGAAGUGUGCGCGGGAGAGGGCGCAGGUGGUGCUCGUCGUUCUUCUCCUCGCCUUCGUCGGCUGCCGGCCCGGGGAGAUCGCGGUGGCUAGAGGGUAUGAGGAGGUCAAUGAGGGAUUGCGAUGGGGCGAUCUCGACUUCUGGCUCGUGGUUGAGAGGGGCUCCGCUCGGGUCAAAAUGGACUCGACCAUUCGCAGCCUCAAGGGGCAGAGGAGCACUGGGGCAUACAGGACGCAGCCUCUCUACGAGGACCAUUCGCUCCCUUUCUUCUGCGACGCCGUCCGUGUCGCCUUCUCCCUGGCGCUGCAGGACGAUAUCUUCGAGGACGCGACACUCUACGACUUGGCCAGCUACGAUGAGCUCUCCAACAGCAACGCUCCACCUAGCAGCAACGGCGGCAGCGGCGGCGAGCUCCAGGAGGUCAAGCUCGUCAUCAAGGCGGACAAGCUCGACCAGAUGGUUUGCCGCCGGAUCAUCAAAGGCGGCGAGGGCUGGCUUGCUGAUGACGUGGCGGGUUGGAGGGUUGGCGCUUUGGAGAGGGCCGUGGCGGAUGCUGCGCUACGAGCGGGGUUGCCAGCCUUCACCUGCUACACGGUGCGCCGCUGCGUGGCGACGGCCCUCAACCGUCCGGACGUGCCAGAGGGGACUGCUCGCCGUAUCAUCGGCCAUCAGCCCGGCACAAGGAUGUACGAGCGCCAUUAUGUCUCCAAACGCAUGGCGACCGACCGACCUGCAGGGCAUCAUGGCGCACUGCGAGGAGCAGCCCAGUGAGUUGGCGCCACGAGGGCUGCAGCGCAAGACCUACGCGCCCCUCACGGCUGAGCAGGCUCGCAGGGCCGAAGAGGCGGACGACGUCCUGGCGAUCAACGUCAGCCUCAAGGAUGCUGCCUACGCCAAGCUCGUCCAAGCGUAUGGGACCACGAAGGCCGGUCAUGGCAGCGAGCAGUACCAACAAUGGGAGAACCUCGCCCAGAUCGGCCAUCUACCAACUUCUGUGCUUCUACACCGCGGCGACGCGGCGAAAGUUACUCAGCAAGCACAUCCUCUACUUUGUAUAAGAGAAUGGCCUGUUGCAGCGUCGUAGUCAUGGUCCAAGCCCCCGAGGUCGAGCCAUUAUUAGGAUCCACUGACCGUGGAUCUACAUGACGUUCGGUCGACACCACCAAGAAAUGCUGCUCGCCGAGCGCUCUCUCACCAAUGUGCAGUUUUCGUAUAUUUUCUGGCGUCUGCAGUAUCUUAAUCGUUACAUGCUUCUCGCCUAAGCAGUCGCUUCGUGCGUGUCCCUGCAUUCGCUUCCCUUUGCCUGUGCCGAUCCUCCCCACGCUCGGCUUCUGAUGAACUUUACCGACCCGUAGCUCGACGCGCUGAUUCCAAAGCUUCUU